GUGAGACGUGUGCCAAAUUAUUGCGCGCGCGUUUUUUUCUGCUCUGUAAAAGAUAUACGAAAUAAAAAAGAUAGUAAAUAGUUACUGUAUUUGUAAAGAUUAAGUUUAUUCGAUUAUUACUUAUUGUGUAAAUAUUUUGUAUACUUACAACGUUUAAGACGGUAUAUUUGUGAUUGUUUUUUUAAAUGGCAAAUAAAAGAAAUAAAAUCAGAACUAAAUCACAUUUGAAGGCGAAAAAAAUUGCGAAAGAAAUAUGUUCAAAAAUGAAAAGAAAUAAAAAAGGUUUAUUUGUUGGAAUAAAAGACAACGAGGAACAGUUUCCCAAGUGUCCUAAACUAAAGGAGAAGUGGAUUAUCGCAACAUGCCGAGACAGCAAUUGGUUUCCUGGAAAAAACAACGUAAUUUGUUCUAAUCAUUUCACUAAGGAUUGUUUCCGCCUUUUUCGAAAUCGACGCUUCCUGUUCGAAACUGCUGUGCCUACACUAAUGUUACCAUGUAUGAUUCAUGUUGAACAAAAAAAUGUUGAAGCAACGAUAGUUCCAGAAUUGUCAACGUCGAACUGGAACACUACAGCCUAUGACGUUAAUGAUACUCCAAUGCCAGAUGAUGACGCUGAAUACGAAGUUAUUAUAAAAUCAGAAGUAGAAUCCGAUGAUGAAGACCCUAGAGAACCCACCUCACAAUUACCACAAGCUACUAAAUGUUCUGCACCACUUCUUCAGCCUUCAACUUCAACUAAGAAUUUUACAAAUAGGGUAGCUGAUCCACCGAUACCAACAAAUGUCCAAUCAGCUUCCGAUUAUGAAAUAUCUGUAUCUAAUACGCAGCCUGAAACUUUGAGAAGGUUUAACGUCAAGCGGAGAAACUCAUCUGAACUGGGUAAUCUACAGAAUGACCAUGACAUUUUGGAAUGGGCAAUGAAGUUAGCUAGGAUGUCCCCACAGCAGCGAUUGUUUGCAAAAAAAGCGAUCAACGCUGUAAUAUAUGAAGCUGAACUUGGAAAUCUACAUGAAGAUUCAGUGUGCAUUAAUAAAUGUAAUGAGAGACAUUAAAUAAUAGUUUAAAAAGAUCAAGUA